AUGAGUCAGCAACUGAACAUCAAAUCUGGUGGUGACAAGGGCAACUUCAGUGUACAUUCAGCAGUGGUGCCCAGGAGGGCUGUGGGCAGCGUAGCUUCUUACUGCACAGCUGGCAAACGGGCUGGGGCUGGCUUUGGCAGUCGGAGCCUCUAUAGUCUUGGGGGCAAUCGGCGUAUUUCCUUCAACGUUGCUGGUAGCGGAGUUCGGGCUGGAGGUUACAGUUUCGGGCAUGGCUCUGGGUAUGGAGGGAGCCGGGUCAGUGGCUUUGUGGGCAGUAUGUUUGGCAGUAUGGCCCUGGGACCUGUGUGUCCAGCUGUGUGCCCACCUGGUGGCAUCCACCAGGUCACCAUCAAUAAGAGCCUCCUGGCCCCCCUCAAUGUGGAGCUGGACCCCAAGAUCCAGAAAGUGCGUGCUCAAGAGCGGGAGCAGAUCAAGGAGCUGAACAACAAGUUUGCUUCCUUCAUCGACAAGGUGCGGUUCCUGGAGCAGCAGAACCAGGUGCUGGAGACCAAGUGGGAGCUGCUGCAGCAGCUGGACCUGAACAACUGCAAGAAGAACCUGGAGCCCAUCUUUGAGGGCUACAUCAGCAACCUGCGGAAGCAGCUGGAGACGCUGUCUGGGGACAGGGUGAGGCUGGACUCAGAGUUGAGGAGCAUGCGGGACCUGGUGGAGGACUACAAGAAGAGAUAUGAGGUAGAGAUUAACCAGCGCACAGCUGCCGAGAAUGAGUUUGUGGUGCUCAAGAAGGAUACAGAUGUAGCCUACACAGUCAAGGUGGAGCUUCAGGCCAAAGUGGACUCUCUGGACAAAGACAUCAAGUUCCUCAAGUGUCUGUACAAUGCGGAGAUUGCCCAGAUCCAGACUCAUGCCAGUGAGACUUCUGUCAUCCUGUCCAUGGACAACAACCGGGACCUGGACCUUGACAGCAUCAUUGCUGAGGUCCGUGCCCAUUAUGAGGAGGUCACCCUGAAAAGCAAGGCUGAGGCCGAGGCCCUGUACCAGAGCAAGAUCCAGGAGCUGCAGCUGGCAGCCGGCCAGCACGGUGAUGACCUCAAACACACCAAAAACGAGAUUUCAGAGCUGAACCGGCUCAUCCAGAGGAUCCGGUGUGAGGUUGCCAACGUGAGGAAGCAGUGUGCCAACCUGGAGACGGCCAUCGCUGAUGCCGAGCAGCGGGGGGACAAUGCCCUGAAGGACGCUCGGGCCAAACUGGAUGAGCUGGAGGGCGCCCUGCACCAGGCCAAGGAGGAGCUGGCCCGGAUGUUGUGCGACUACCAGGAGCUCCUGAGCCUGAAGCUGGCCCUGGACAUGGAGAUCGCCACCUACCGCAAGCUGCUGGAGGGAGAGGAGUGCAGGAUGUCUGGUGAGAACCCCUCCUCUGUGAGCAUAUCUGUCAUCAGCAGCAGCAGCUACGGCUACCACCCCAGCUCUGUGAGUGCUGACCUCGGGGCUGGCGGUGUGGUAGGCAGCUCUGGCAGCUCCCGAAGUGGGCACACCAGGACCAAAGGGGCACGCGUGGGAGACCUCAAGGACUCCCAGGGCAAGGGUGCCCCAGUCAGCACCUCAGCCAGGAAAGCCACACGAUAA